AUGCCGUCCUCAUCAUUUCCGCCAUCAUCGUCAUCAUCUCGAUCGUACUACAAUGGGCCUAGAGAUAAUGAAGGGCGAUGGAAUGCAAACACGUCGGGCAAUCGGGGCAGAUCCCUGUAUUCGCUGAAUAGCGGCCGCACUCAAGCGUACCAAGGGCACCAAGGGCAUCAAGGGCACCAAGGGCAUCAAGGGCAUCAAGGGCACCAAGGGCACCAAGGGUACCAAGGAUACCAAGGAUACCAAGGUUCCUCUUCAUACAGGGCCAGACAAAAUUUGUAUCAACAGCACGGCGCUCCGCGACAAAUUGACCCGCAGUUUCAGAUGUGGAUGGGGGACUUGGACCCGAGCUGGAAUGAGGACACAUUGUGGGCAAUCUGGAGUGACUUGGCUGCAACUCCAGCUUCUGUGAAAAUAAUUAGGGACAGAGUCAGUCCUCUGAAACCUUCAUAUGCAUUCAUCACGUUUGACUCGCAAGAGCUGCUCGACCUCGCAAUCCAAAGGAACGGGCAGCCUGUGCCAAACAACACGCAAAGAAGAUUUAAAGUCGAUUAUGCCAGCGGCAGGAAACGCGCUGCUCCAAUAACGGCGGCGAAUGCCGGGCGAGGCGGAGACGGUCUGGGAGGAAACGAUUUUUCCCUAUUUGUUGGCGACCUCUCCUCCGAAGUGACAGAGGCGACUUUGCACAACAAGUUUAGUUUGAAAUACCCCAACGAUAUUAAACAGGUCAGAGUCAUUGUGGACCAAUCCACGGGGAAAGGGAAAGGGUUUGGGUUUGUCCGGUUUUACAAUGCCGACGCCAUGAAAAGAGCGUUGACGGAGAUGCAAGGGAUCAUGGUUGGCUCGAAACCUAUAAGGGUGGGCGUAGCCGCGGGAUCGGAAACUGCACAAUUAAGCAGUGCUGACCCACGAAGUGAGACGAAGCGGAUCAAGCUUCCCCAGACUCAACCAGAACUCAGUGCAAGCACCGAUGAAAACAACACCACGCUCAAGUUUCUAGGUUUGAAUUCUAAAUGCACCGAGUCAGAGUUGGAACUAUACCUCAAGGCAUUUGGAGAUAUUGUCUACUGCCAGAUAUCACCCAAUCUAAAAGAGGCCAGUGCCAAGUUCUUACUUCGCUCAUCAGCCAAUGCAGCGAUGACUCACUUGAAUGGCGCAGUGAUCAACAAUUGCCCCAUUGAGGUUAUCUGGGGCUCGAGCGUGCAAGUGAAGGACGGAAGCACAAACUUUGCUCCGAAUAACACAACCGCGGGCCGUUACACCCCCGCUGAACGGCCUCCACCUCCAGUGUUUUUUUCGUCGGAAUAUCCAAGUCAAAGGUUGGAUCAGUUGGAAGAGGGUCAGCAGAUCAGAGAUUUUGCAGAAAGGUUUGACGCAAGCGAGAUAAAGUCGACAACUUUAGUUAAUGCUAUAUAUUUGGAAAAAAAGAUGGCGCGGGACGCUAUUCUUUCAUAG